AUGGAGAUAGGUUUUGAUUCUAGCUAUCCGACGUGUUCGGGUGUGACGGCGCCGGGACUGGCGGCCGACAUGCACUUCAAAGACAACGUCGUGGCGUUCAUCGGCCCCGCCUGCGCCUUCGCCCUGGAGCCCGUGGCGCGCCUCGCCGCCUACUGGAACACGCCCAUCAUCACCGGCAUGGGCGACCAGCCGCCGUCAGAGGAGGUGCUGUCGGUGACGCCGGGCUUCCUGGGCCGCCUGCAGGAGGGGACCAACGCCACGGGCAUCUUCAAAGACAAGUCCAACUACCCGACGCUGACGCGGAUGUCGUACUGCCCCUGCCGCCUCAAGCUCGUCUUCAACAGCAUCUUCGAGCAGUUCGGCUGGCGACACGUGGCGCUCAUCCUGGACCGCUCCGACCUCUUCUCCCUCACAGUGGCAAGAAACCUGGAGCAGGGCCUGCGCACGGUGCUGGCGUUCGUGCGCGAGCUGGACUCGGCAGCGGACCACGGGCACCCCCUCGAGCACUACCUGCGCGACGCCCGAGCAUGUCACGCUGCGAUUGCUCAUCCUGAGCGUCCGCGCGCCGCUGGUGAGGAAGUUCAUGAUCACGGCCUACCACAUGGGCAUGACGGACGGGGAGUGGACCUUUCUGGACGUCGAGAUCUUCCA